AUGCAAAAGAAGCGUUUGGGUAUAAUAUAUGCCGCACAGUGUAAACGUGCUGAUCAUGACCAUUUGCCAAAUGAAGCUGAUAAAGAAGUAUUUAGUAUACGCCAAAAUUUAAAACGCCAAGUGGUCGAAUCACCGCUACCAAUUGAUGCUAUCGUCGCUCAAACAUAUACUGGUCUCCAGAAUUCAACCGUAUGUCAAGAUGUUGUAAUUCAGUUACCAUUUAUUGCAACAAUGAGAAAUAAUCUUCAAAAGGAACGUCGCAAAAUAAGACCACCACUCCCCAAGAAUAUUAGCGAUUUACCACAUCCAAUUCCACCUAACUACUAA